UCUAAGGUAAUAUAGCUAGCAGAGAGCUGAAGGCGAUUUAAAUGCUUGAAACUGACUUUGGGGCAAAUACGUAGGUAGGGGCAGAGAUGCUCAAGAUGCGCUUGGCUAUUGUGUUAAUAAUAUACAUAUACUGCAAGGACUUUGAUGGUGGUCGCCAUCAAUGCUUGCUUUGUCAGGCAUGGCUUUGUCACACCUGUGGCCACUGGCCACCGCAGCUCACUUGCCCACCGCCACUCCACUGAGCAUGGCUAGGACGACUUACUUUCUUGGAGGGGAAAUAGCCUCACCUACAUCGGCAGUUAUCACCAAGGGGAAGGUACCUCCCAUUACCACGGUUCAGGAACCAGUUCGUAUGUCACUUCAGACUUCUGUCAUUGAUUGGACGCAAACCAACACUCCUGCCCGGUGUCAAUUCAACUUGGCGGUUCUGUAUCAGGGGCUGCUUGGCUUGGAGGCGCAUGUUCUCGGCGUUAUUUAUCUCGUUGCUUGGUUGUGUCUUGGUGCCUCACUUGGGCAUAGUGCUGUACCCCGCCUGUAUCUUGGGGAACCUUGGUAAAUUAGCAGUACGAGGUAGCUGUCGCCAACUAACGCGCCUCCCUUCAUACCACCUUCCAACCUUUCUUUUCUCCAUGGAGUGCGCGGGAUUCUUUCCCUUCCUUUAAAUUUCAAAUUUCCUUUCACUUUGUGAACCCGAGGGGUACCUUGAGAUCCC